AUGGACAAAUUCCGGAAGAAGGGCCAGAGCAUUAAGCUCUUUUUCAAGACGGACUGGAAUAUCGUCCGGGGCAAACGAUAUGCCCGACGAGGCGGCAGGGCGAUACGAUAUGGUGCCGGACGCUACCUCGCGAACAGGUUUCCCAUCGUUCAGUGGAUUGCAUUUUACAGUCCAAAAUGGUUGUUUGGUGAUUUGGUUUCGGGGUUGACUGUUGGGAUCGUGCUGGCACUUCAAGCCGUCAACCUGACAUCGUCAGCCGGAGGAACUAUUUCAACUCAGCAAACUCUCAUCGCCAGCUGGCUUCCUGGCUUCAUAUAUGCCUUGACUGGGUCUUCCAAGCAUAUCAGCAUCGGCCCAACCUCAGCAGGCACUUUGCUGUCCCUCCAAAUCAUCGGACCCUUUGCCGCAGCGGCCCGAAUUCCUCCCUUUGUUAUAUUGCCGGCGCUCACAUUCUGUGUCGGGAUAUGGUUCCUGCUGUUUGGCGUGCUGGGACUCGGCUUUUUGUUCGAUCUCAUACCCACCUCGAUCAGCCUGGCUGUCGUCACGACAAUUGCUCUCAAUCUCGUGCUUGUCCAGAUCCCCACGUUCCUUGGCUUGAAUGGGAUACCUCCGAUCGUCCCAGCGAUUCCGCCCGCUGUUAUCCAACAAUUCGGCAACAUCAGUCUGAAAACACUUGCAAUCAGCAUUUCAGCCAUCCUGUUCCUAGUGGCUCUCGGCUUCGUCUCCCGGAAAUGGGGGAAGAACAAGAAUGUCGGAGGCAGAGCCGCUCAGGCUGGGUCCAACAUGAGCAGUGUCAUGGUUGUCUUGAUAUUUACCAUCGUCAGCUUCCUCUUCCUGCAGAGUCUCCCAAUAAGUCAACAAGUCGUGCCAGCAGCUCCCCCAGCGAUGAUAGGUGCUGCCACAGCACCUGUCUCCAGUGCCCCAGAAACUUCUCGGCCACAAACCUCAGUCAACACCACCAGCACUGGGGCGACGCAGAUAGUCAUCCCAGCCAAACGGAACGAGCUCUUAUUUGGCCCGGGAGCUGAUUUCCCCUCUGGAAACAUCGGCUCGGGGUUGCAGGGUCGCAGUGAACUACUACCGAGCGGUCAGCCUUCGAACGUCUCGGUCACUGCAGCUUCUGCUGCUCCCGGGGCUGGCGCUCCACAACAACUACCAAAGCUGCCUUUCUGGGCUGUGUUCCCCGUAUUCACCGCAUCCAUAGUCUCUCCACUUCCACCGAUCUUCGAUCUCGUCAAGGCCCUGUUUCUUCCCAGCCUGCUCGUCUUCAUCGUGCUUAACAUCGAGCACAUUGUGAUCGCCAAGACCUUCGGCCACUACCACACGUACUCCAUUUCUCAGAAUUCCGAAAUGUUUGCCGCCGGCCUUUCGAACCUGGCCGGAGCAUUCUUCGGUGGCGUCCCCGUGGGAGGUGGAGACAUGGCCAGGUCCUCGCUGCUGGCCGUGACAGGGGCAAAGAGUCCGCUUAACCAGAUCAUGACCUCUGUUACUGUUCUCGUGGCCAUGAUGCCAUUGAGUGGUGCGCUGAGAUUCUUCCCUCAGGCCGCGCUGUCUGCCAUCAUAGUAGUCGCAGUGAUCGACCAGCAGCCGCCUCAGAAGCUGCUCGGCGACUACUUCCGGCUCUCAUUCGCCGAGUUCUUCGCUUUCUUCAUGGCUUUCAACAUCGCCAUCGUCGUCCCAGCAGUAGGGGUUGCAAUCGGAACAGCCGUGGGCGUGGGGCUGCUGGUGCUCUAUACGAUGUUCAGAGGCAUGUUCUCUCGGCCCAGGGCCGUAUCCGCCCACGACCUUGAGAGCAUGUAUAAAGAAAGGGAAUUAAGGCCGUGGCAGCAGGGCGAACACAUCCCACAGGGUACCCAGGUGCUGAAACUAGAGGCAGACAUGACAUGGACAAAUGCCGACCGCUUCAGGAGGAGCAUCGUCGACACAUGCAUGGUGCACCACUCGGGCCUGCCCGUCGAUAGCCCAGAGCAGCCUGAGCGGCCUUGGAACUUCCACAUCCACGAGCACGUGGCGGCGCUGCGGCGGGAACACAGCGCCACGCUCGACGACGAUGACUCCGAGGCCCUGAUGCCCCACCGCCCGCGCCUGCGCGUCGUUGUGCUGGACAUGACUUCGCUGCGCGAGUGGGCCGGAGAGAGCGUGGAAUUUCGGUUUGUGGGGCUGAAUGCGCGCGUUCUCAAGAGGUUUGAGAGGGCCAAGUGGGAGGUGGUCGACCAUUGUGGGCCGCCUGUGGUGGAGGCAGGGCCGGACUACAGGACAAGGGACUUGAAAUUUGACCACCUGCCACUCGCCAUACACUUUAUGAACCCGGAAGUGACCCUGGACGGAAUGUGGGAGGAGGUGGCAGUUGUCAUGGAUGGGUAUGAGAAGGCGUAUGUCUAG